GAAGAGCUGUCCACCAAUUACAGGGCUCCUUACUGGAAAAACCAACUGCUGGGGAGUGCCAAGAGUCCCUAGCAACACCCUGCAGCUUUUGAAAUCUGAGGGGAAAAGACUGUAGUCAGCCCUUAGUGGAUGACAGCGCCUAUGCUCCAGAAAGAGCAGGCUCCCAGGAUGGACACCCCGCCCCCUGAAGAACGCUUAGAGAAGCAAAAUGAAAAACUGAACAACCAGGAAGAGGAGACGGAGUUUAAGGAACUGGACGGUCUGAGGGAAGCCUUGGCAAACCUCCGGGGACUGUCAGAGGAGGAGAGGAGCGAGAAGGCUAUGCUUCGCUCCCGCAUUGAAGAGCAGUCCCAGCUCAUCUGCAUCCUGAAGCGGAGGUCAGAUGAGGCCCUGGAGCGCUGCCAGAUCCUAGAGCUGCUCAAUGCAGAGCUGGAGGAGAAGAUGAUGCAGGAGGCUGAGAAGCUCAAGGCCCAGGGUGAGUACAGUCGGAAGCUAGAGGAACGCUUUAUGACCCUAGCAGCCAACCACGAGUUGAUGAUCCGCUUCAAGGAUGAAUACAAGAGUGAGAACAUCAAGCUGAGGGAGGAGAAUGAGAAGCUGAGGCUGGAGAAUAGCAGCCUCUUCAGCCAGGCUCUGAAGGAUGAGGAGGCGAAAGUAUUACAGCUCACAGUCCGGUGUGAGGCCCUCACUGGGAAGCUAGAAACGCUGAAGGAGAGGUGUGCUCAGGAUGCCUGCCAGGCACAGGCGCGCGAGAAGGAGCUACUGGAGCUACAGAGCCAGCAGGCCUGCACCCACACCAAGGAGACAGAACAGCUGCGCAGCCAGCUGCAGACCCUCAAGCAGCAGCACCAGCAGGCUGUGGAGCAGAUAGCUAAGGCAGAGGAGACACACAGCAGCCUGAGCCAGGAGCUGCAGGCCAGGCUGCAGACCGUCACUAGAGAGAAAGAGGAGUUGCUGCAGCUGUCCAUUGAAAGGGGCAAAGUGCUUCAGAACAAACAGGCAGAGAUCUGCCAGCUUGAGGAAAAGUUGGAGAUAGCAAAUGAGGACAGGAAGCAUGCGCUGGAGCGGUUUGAGCAAGAGGCAGUGGCUGUGGACAGCAACUUGAGAGUCAGGGAGCUUCAGCGCAAAGUAGAGGGGAUCCAGAAGGCCUACGAUGAACUCAGGCUGCAGUCUGAAGCCUUCAAAAAGCACAGCCUGGAUCUUUUAAGCAAGGAGAGAGAACUCAAUGGCAAACUCCGCCAUCUCUCUCCAUAGGGAAGUUUCUGCUUCCUCUGGCCUGCUAUUCAGAAUUCAAAUAUUCGCAUCUUAGCAUUAUGGCAAGAGUAAAGAUGAUAUCCCAUUUAUUAUACUUUCGAGCACAAAAGGCAACUCAAAGAAAAGCUACUUUACUAUGAUAUUGUUGUUAUUAUUGUAAAGCCAUUAUUAAUUUUCAUUUCUACACCGAGAAUACACAAGAUUUGCCAGAUUUC